GGGAAAGAAAAAAGUAAAACAGAAUGUUAUGAGAUCUACAAUCAGCUACAACCUCACCCGAAUAACACUAAGGUGAAAGUGCACACCGUUGUCAAAAAGAAAAAAAAAUCGUGUCAACGCUCUCGAUUCUCUUGCGCUUGCGCACAAUAAUCGGACGACUCAUCUGAAGACAUACCAUGGAGUCUUACGAUGUAAUAGCCAACCAGCCGGUUGUGAUAGAUAACGGUUCUGGUGUCAUAAAGGCUGGUUUUGCUGGAGAUCAGAUUCCAAAAUACUGCUUCCCAAAUUAUGUGGGCCGCCCAAAGCAUGUCCGGGUCAUGGCUGGGGCGCUGGAAGGGGACAUAUUCAUCGGGCCAAAAGCGGAGGAGCACAGGGGCCUGCUGACCCUGCGGUACCCGAUGGAGCAUGGGAUUGUGAAGGACUGGAACGACAUGGAGCGGAUAUGGCAGUAUGUCUACUCCAAGGACCAGCUGCAGACCUUCUCAGAAGAGCACCCGGUGUUGCUGACGGAAGCCCCGCUGAAUCCGCGGAGGAACAGGGACCGGGCCGCUGAGGUCUUCUUCGAGACCUUCAACGUCCCGGCCUUCUUCAUCUCCAUGCAGGCCGUGCUCAGUCUGUAUGCGACGGGGCGCACCACGGGCGUGGUUCUGGAUGCGGGUGAUGGGGUCACGCACGCCGUCCCCAUCUACGAGGGCUUCGCCAUCCCACACUCCAUCAUGAGAAUCAACAUCGCUGGGCGGGACGUCUCCCGGUUUCUUCGCCAGUACCUGCGCAAGGAGGGCCACGACUUCCGCACCUCCUCCGAGUUUGAGAUCGUCAGGGCCAUCAAAGAGAGGGCGUGCUUCCUGUCUAUCAACCCCCAGAAGGAUGAGACGCUGGACACGGAGAAGGCACAAUACGCGCUUCCAGAUGGCAGUGUUAUUGAGGUUGGCCCGGCCCGCUUCCGAGCCCCCGAGCUGCUGUUCCGGCCAGACCUCAUCGGGGAGGAGUGUGAGGGCAUCCACGAGGUCCUGGCCUUCGCCAUCCAGAAGUCCGACCUGGACCUGCGCCGGACCCUGUUCUCCAACAUUGUGCUCUCGGGAGGGUCCACCCUCUUCAAAGGAUUUGGAGACAGACUGUUGAGUGAAGUGAAGAAGCUGGCGCCAAAGGAUGUCAAAAUCAAAAUCUCAGCUCCCCAGGAGCGUCUGUAUUCCACGUGGAUUGGGGGCUCCAUCUUGGCCUCGUUGGACACCUUUAAGAAGAUGUGGAUCUCAAAGAAGGAGUACGAGGAGGACGGUGCCAGGGCGAUCCACAGGAAGACCUUUUAAAAGGCCAGAAGGGGUCGCUGCUCACCCCCGAGAACCUCUUUUCCCUCCACCGUGGGCUUGGCUGAUGGUGUGUGCGUGUGGCUGAAGAGACGAUUUUUAAGACAAAAGAUGGAGAGAAAAAGGCAAGAGAGAAUGAGUAUGAGAGAGAAAGAGAGAGGCCAGGAGGAAGAAAGAAAGAAAAUCUGAUCUGAGAAGCAAGAAUUGGGGUUUGUGUCGAAAGUCACCGAUGACUCAAAUAGGACACACUCUGUCCCCUUCACUCCCAACUCCUCGUCCCUUAUGGGGUUUAGUGUCUCACCCCUUUCUAUGCCCCCUCUCUUCCAUCCCUGAAGUAGUCUCGCUUGUUUGCUUUACUCAUCUUUUGAGACCUGCUGUCACAGUUAUAAGAGUGGUUGUUUAGCUCUCCUGCUUCCUAGCCAUGACCAGUAUGCAGAGGGGGUAUUCUAUACAUUGUUGUGCCCUGCCACCAAAGCACAGACUCUUCCAGUCAAAACCCUUCAAAAUGGAAAGAGUCAUCCAAAAUUGUGUGAGCACCUGGGCAUGUGUGUAUGUGUAUUUUGUGUGUGUGUGUGUGUGUGUGUGUGUGUGUGUGCGCAUGUGUGUACACACGUGUUCGUGAGUCUGUUUCUGUGAGGGCCAAUAUUCCUGUGCAGAGCAGGGCAUCAUUCAGUAUUAUCUUCAGGAAGUUGUUGUCCCAUGCUCCUUUGGGAGUUGUCACUGGGUUUUGUAGUUUUUAAUGGAAGAACAGUAACUGGAUUUGUAGUUUGUAAAGACUGAAAAGUAAGUCAUUUUGUAGUUUCUAAAGGUUGAAAAUAACUUGGUUUUGUGGUUUGAAAGGAUGGAAAAUAACUCGUUUUGUAGCUUAAAAAGGUUGAAAAGAAGUUGGUUUUGUGGUUUGAAAGGAUGGGAAGAAACAGGUUUUCUAGUCUGAAAGGAAUAUGAUGUUGAGAAGUUACCUUAAACCUGGAGAACUUGAGAUUCAGUUGAGUUUAUCAUCACUAUGUUUUUAAUGACCACUGUCCAUGUCAGAAUGAAAUGACAGGACCCCCUCUGUUGUAUUUUGGACAACAGUCUCUUUUAUUUAGUAUUUAUUGGCCUCAGUUCAGGUGAAGCCCUGUGUUUUUUGUUUUUUGGAUGACACAUUUAUGUGAGAUCAGAUAGGCCUGCUGGCCAACUGCUGCCGUCCUGUCCGCUCAGGUUUCGAAAUCACCAUGGUUACUGAGGUCUUUGUUAACUAAAUGACUGUACGUGUUUCCUGGGGGGCUUUAAACACAGAGGUGUUGAUGUGGCCUUGUCCUUGUUUUCUGUGCUUCAAAAUGACAUCACAGUCUUCAACCUUUAACCCCACUCUAUUGAGACUGCAAAGCAGGAUUUGCAACUACCAGACUGCUAGAUUUCAGUGGAAAUGUUACAUGUGGUAGCCAUUGAAGGCUUUAUGGAAUGUGGGAGGCAGUUUUUUUGUACAGGCUGUUGAUUGCUGGACGUGGUCAGUUUUGUCCCACUGUUGUAUUAAUGGUGAAACUGAUGUGGUCUCAAAAGUUACCAUAACGAAGGACCAUCACACAGUCUGGCGCGUGAAGUUCAGGGGAAUAUCAAGGAUAAGGGACAAGAGCAUGCGCUCAAGAAAAUGCGUUUACUUUUUUUCUAUUGAUCAUAUUUAUCUUGCUAAUUGAAAAUACAGGGAAUAAUGUUGUUUUUUUUAAAUCUACAGAAAUCUUUGGAGUGCACAAAGUUUUUGGGUGCAAAAACUCGCCUUGCCAUUGUCUUAGUUCCCACUCAUUGGUGGGAAAUCAGUGAGGGAUUACUCUCGGGCAAUCUCGGGUUACUGACAGCUAUACUCUGUUAAUCAGUUACCUGCUUUUUGCCUGCAUCAAUUGUAUUCAGUUUUCGUGUUUCCACAGCACCCAUCCUUAUCCAUUUUAUGGCCACAUCAGAUUUGCAGCUGCAUGACAUGAUUGUGGCAGUCUCAUCACACCUUUCCUGCUUUAAUGAAGACUUUGCCAGAAGCCCUGAGAUUGAGCUCCUUUUCAUUGUCUCAGUGAUGUAUGUGGUGUUAAUUUCUCCAAGAAAACAUUGAGAACAGUUUUAGUGAUGGAACCUGUACAAGAACUACGUAAGGCCUUCAUGAUCCCUCCAUAACACAUUCAGAUGAGCUACACGGGCAUUCAUAAUCACUUCUGCUGAAUGAUACAAACUGUCAUGAGUGCUGUGUCUAUGUAGUAAGUGACAUUAUCAUGAACAUCCUGUUUUAGGUAUGUCAUUGUAAUCUUACAGCAUUGAUGUCAGUUGGCAUAAGUGUUCAUGAAUAAUAAUACCAUGAGGAUAAUAUAUAUUGCUUUACGCUGACCCUUGUUAAAAGCAUAGCAACUUUUUACUAAGCAAUUAUACUUUAACAUCAUAAUUUUGCUUUAAGGCCAUGGUGUAGCCUUUUAUUCAGUUGUCCACUGUGGCCUGCUGUAAACUCAGAUGAUAUAUAACCUGUUAUACAAUAAUAAUGCACUACCUUUCAUGUAAAAGCAUUUCACACAAGGCUAGUUUUAGUGUUGUCCCAGUCAGGUUUCACGACAUUUCCCAAGAGCAUUUUUGUGGUCAUUUUACCUACUGUUUUUGUGAUACAUUUUAUUUAGAUUUGCGGUAAAGCUCUUGAAACUCUUUACCCUUAAAACUCUUCAAAGAGGCACUACAUAAAGUAGAAAGUCCUCAAGUUAAACGUAAAUCAGUUGUUUGUUAAACAUACAAAUAAGACCUGUUCUCAGAGUAAAGUGUACGAUAUCUUUACGACAAAGCCCAUACUUCAGCUAAUAAUCAGCAGCUUUAUUCAGUUGACUUAUGUGUGUUUGCCCGAAAAAGCCUGCAAAUUGCUGGAGUGCCACGUCACAAAAGCGGCAUGUUGAAACUCGGCCUUGGAUUUAAUCCUCUUUGAACCUGCGACUUUUUUUAAACAAACAAAAAAUGCAGUCGCUCCUUUUCUCUCCACAAACACACCCCAGGUGAGUUCAGCGAUGACCAAAAACAAAGUGCGCGUUCAUUUGAAAGAACUCAUUACAUUUGCGUUUAAGUCAAGGUAAAGGACAAGCGUUGACUGAUUCAAGUGUCCAGAGACUAGCCCGCUCGCCAAAGGACACGAGGGAAAGUAGCGCAGUCUGCAGUGUUUUAUGGGACAGUUAGUGCAGAGGAAGCACAGCGUGAGCGGUCGACUGUUGCGCCGUUGACCUCUGUCGCUCAUAACGCCUCUCAGCACAUUCCUAGCUCCGCGCUCCAUGGCAUAAAACGGAGAAAAAAAGGGCCGAGUGCCCCUUGUUAAGUUUUCUUUCUGGCGAGAUUACCUCUGGUUCACCCAUCUGUUACAAUGCAUUUACCUCGACAGGAGCUUUAAAUUAGUGAUAAGAUGUUUCUGUAUUAAUUGAAUGAGCAUCAGAACAUGAAAUGGGGGGUAAAAUGUUCGGGCUCACACCCCAGGCAGGCAUCAAGUACUGAAAGCGGCCUCUGGAAGGGCGAUUUAUAAAAUGCUUGGUAUGUCCAACUGCGCAAUUCCCCCUGUGUUUCAUUUUUUGAUCAGAGAAAAAACAUACUGUCAACAUAAAGGAGAGAGCAGCUGGGUCUGUACUCUCGUCAACGUCAUUAUCAUCGUCACAGCUUCUUCCACUACCCGUUUACCUCGUGUUUUUAGGAUAUGAUAAAAUGAAAUAGUUUUCAUGGUCCAAUGAGGACUAGGCCUGUUUCAUUCCUGAUGUGGAGAUAGGUUUUUCCUUUGACUUGAGACCAUUCAGACCAAGGAAUAUAUAUGUAUACAUAUAUGUUUGUCUUUGAGGCACAGUAGAUGAACAAGCUCUAUGCUACUAUGACAAUAACGCCGUCAAAUUAUACAUUCCAAACAUUAGAUUCAGCUUUCGCGAAACAUAGACUGCCUCUCUCUGUCAGACGGAGAAUUUAGGACGCUGUUUUGGCUCAGGAAGUGUACCGAAAUGGCGCUGAACAGAACACUGUUCUUAUGGAUGCUGGCAAUGUAGCUGACAUAUUCUCAGCCUUCACACACUCCUGACAAAAAAAAAAAAAAAAACAACCUGGUUGAAAGACAUUAUCAAAGCACAGGUGGACUCUUUCUCUCAAGGUCACUAAUAUCCACGACUGACUCGACAGUGUGCUAUAUCAUAUUAUUGUUUACUGACUUGGCAUUCUUUUUCUUCUUCUUUGACACUACUAAGUAGUAAACAUGCUGCUGGUGAAUGAUUAUGAUCUUUCCUGCAUGCCAACGUUUCCAGGGACAGGAUGUUUUAAGUUAAGAGGUAAUGUUAUUUUUAACUUUAUGUUGUUAUUGAUUUGUUAGAGUAGGAGAAUCAUUCCAGCUUGCAAGUUAGCGCAGCCUACACUGUUAUCUCAAGUAUUAAAUGUAGUUAAUAAAAGUAGAAAAAAAAAUCUUUUAUUUACAAAGAUAUGUGUACUUUACUACAAACUUUGGUUGUGAGGGGUUAUGUAUUUAUGUAUUUUUGCCUGCUUCCAUCUACACAUUCAGCAGGUGCUCCUACUGUGCACAGAAUUGCCAAUUAGUGGCUUGAAUCAUGAAAUUGCUGCUCGUAAAUCAAAGCUAUUUCCUGGGCUUUUAUUAAACUGAGCAUUUAUGAGAUUAGAUUUUGCCAUUUGGACGUUAAGUUUUAGGCAAAUAAAUCCAUUAAUACCCCCUUCUUAUUAAUCCGGGGUUCUUAAUGGAUGCCAGUGUUGUACCUUACCAGUUUGUUUGAUCAGCUUUGAUACAUUGUACCCAAUAGUACAACAAAUAAAUUGCUAUUGCAAACCUGUUGUGCCACUGUAAAA